AUGGCCUCAAAGUAUCCGGGAUACAUUGCAUGUGAAGAAACAUGCGGCGGUGUUGUCUGCGGAUGUCUUCUCCCGAUGCCAGCAUGCUCAUUCUUGCGUCUGGCACAAGUACCAAAAAGUAAGUCAUUGUUUGAAAUAGUGCGCUGCACGGAGUGGACGCCAACAGUGCAGGUUGACAUUGAAAUAACGAUGUAUAACAGAGGAAAAGAAAAAUCGAUAAUUCUGACACCCUAUGUCACUCACAAGUACGAUGAGCUAUCGAUUACCGCAGUUUCAACUCAAAAACCACAUUUUCCUCCAAUGAACAGGAGAUUCGCUGUUUCCAAAAACGAGGCACUAAUGUUGCCAAAUGAUUUUAGUCUUUCUGUAGAAUGCGAGUCACAUAUCCAAACGAAAGAAGAAUUCUCAAAAUGCGAAAAUCACAUGGUUUGUACUUGUGAAAAUCUAAAGGCUCCUAGAAGAUGCAAGUGCCCACUAGGUUCUAUUAGGAACCUGCGUAAAGAGAUCACAAAUGUACUUCCCAUUAAAACCCCAUUCACAGAAUUAAGGUUAGAAGAAGGAAAUAUCAACGCCUAUACUCACCAACAUGAAACCACUAUUGUUCUUGAUUCAAGCCUUAUGUUCAACAGCGCGCAUUACAUCAUAGAAGAAUCUUGUGAUAUAACAUUUGAAGAAAUAAAAGGUUGCUAUAAUUGCCUUGAAGGAGCACAAGUUAAAGUCUCGUGCAUAGUUGGCAUUAAUGCCUGGGCAACUGUCCAGUGCGAAUCUCAAGUGUUCUCCAUCGAAUGUGGGCCAUCGAACAAAACUAAUAUAGUAUAUCUGGAUUUUAGUAACGCUCUGAUACAGCAAAAGUGUCGUACGUCUUGCAAUAGGCAUGAGAUCACAUUUGAUCUACAGGGAACACUUGUAUACCAUCCCAGAAGUAAGCGAAGUCAGGCUUAUUCCGAAGAAAAUAGUGAAGAAAACGCAAGCGAAUACUUUGGAAAUUUUGAUCUACCUGAUCGUCAGCCACUCUUGAAAGUUCUUGAAGAACACUGGAAAUUGGCGCUUGGAACGCUAGGUACCAUGGCAAUAACAAUAGGGUCACCUAUGUGCUGGCGCCCACCAUUGUUAUACUAUUGA